CGGAAAAACCGCUAUUGAUGUACAUAUUUCCAAUUUGUUUGUGGUCGGGACUUGUUGUUGGAGUUUCCCAUCGCAUUAAACGGAAUCGAAAUGUUUCCCAUAUUAGUUCAGUGUCUGUCUGUCGUGUAAAAAAGUGUGGAACAAUAAUAUUUGCAUGCACAUAAAUUUACAUAAAUGAGAACACAUCGCAGCGGCAACAACAAUGCGAUGGCAUUGCCACGACCGAAGCAGCGCUUCUAUAAGCGCACCGGCCUCACCAUUCCCAUGCCAGCGCGCAAGGGGCUGUUAGCGCCCCAAAACACAUUUCUGGACACCAUCGCCACCCGUUUCGAUGGCACGCACUCGAACUUUGUGCUCGGCAAUGCGCAGGCAAAUGGCAAUCCAAUUGUUUAUUGCUCGGAUGGGUUCGUGGAUUUGACAGGAUAUUCACGCGCUCAAAUUAUGCAAAAGGGCUGCUCAUGUCAUUUCCUCUAUGGACCGGAUACGAAGGAUGAGCACAAACAGCAAAUUGAGAAAAGCCUCUCCGCCAAAAUGGAACUGAAGCUCGAGGUGAUUUUCUACAAGAAAGAAGGUGCUCCGUUCUGGUGCCUCUUCGACCUUGUGCCCAUUAAGAACGAAAAGCGCGAUGUGGUCCUCUUUCUGGCCUCCCACAAGGAUAUCACCCACACCAAGAUGCUCGAGAUGAACGUGAACGAGGAAUGUGAUAGCGUUUUUGCCCUUACAGCUGCACUGUUGGGCGCUCGGUUCCGGGCCGGGUCCAAUGCCGGAAUGCUGGGCCUGGGCGGCCUGCCUGGACUGGGCGGUCCCACGGAUAGCGAUGGCGAUGUGGAGGCCGGAGAGGGCAACAAUUUGGAUGUGCCUGCAGGCUGCAACAUGGGACGUAGACGCAGUCGUGCGGUAUUGUACCAACUCUCGGGGCACUACAAGCCCGAAAAGGGUGGUGUCAAAACCAAAUUGAAGCUGGGCAAUAACUUUAUGCAUUCAACCGAGGCUCCGUUUCCCGAAUACAAAACACAAUCGAUAAAAAAGUCACGCUUGAUUCUGCCCCAUUACGGUGUAUUCAAAGGCUUCUGGGACUGGGUCAUACUUCUGGCCACCUUCUAUGUGGCCCUAAUGGUGCCCUACAAUGCAGCAUUUGCCAAAGCGGAUCGCCAGACGAUGGUCUCGGAUGUCAUUGUGGAGGCGCUUUUCAUAGUAGAUAUUCUGCUGAACUUCCGCACGACCUUCGUCUCGCGCAAAGGUGAGGUCGUGUCCAAUUCCAAGCAGAUUGCCAUCAAUUACUUCCGAGGCUGGUUUGCCCUGGACCUGCUCGCCGCUUUGCCCUUUGAUCAUCUGUAUGCCUCCGAUUUGUAUGACGGCGAGGAGUCGCACAUCCAUCUUGUGAAAUUGACGCGACUGUUGCGUUUGGCUAGGUUGUUGCAAAAAAUUGAUCGAUACUCGCAGCACACGGCCAUGAUACUGACAUUGCUGAUGUUCUCCUUCACGCUGGCCGCCCACUGGCUAGCCUGCAUCUGGUACGUGAUAGCGGUCAAGGAGUACGAAUGGUUCCCCGAGAGCAACAUUGGGUGGCUGCAGCUGCUGGCCGAACGAAAGAAUGCCACUGUGGCCAUCCUGACGACGGCGGAAACCUACUCGACGGCCCUGUACUUCACCUUUACCAGUCUCACAUCGGUGGGCUUCGGCAAUGUAUCCGCCAAUACCACGUGCGAGAAGGUCUUCACCAUUAUUAUGAUGCUAAUUGGAGCUCUGAUGCAUGCCGUGGUCUUUGGUAAUGUGACGGCCAUCAUUCAGCGCAUGUACUCCCGGCGAUCCCUCUACGAGAGCAAGUGGCGCGAUCUAAAAGAUUUUGUGGCAUUGCAUAAUAUGCCCAAGGAGCUGAAGCAACGCAUUGAGGAUUACUUCCAGACAUCCUGGUCUCUAAGCCACGGCAUUGACAUAUACGAGACGCUACGCGAAUUUCCCGAAGAGCUGCGUGGCGACGUCUCCAUGCAUCUCCACCGUGAAAUAUUACAGCUACCGAUAUUCGAGGCUGCCUCACAGGGCUGCCUGAAGCUGUUGUCGCUGCACAUAAAGACGAACUUCUGCGCACCCGGCGAAUAUCUAAUCCACAAAGGCGAUGCCCUCAACUACAUCUACUAUCUGUGCAACGGCUCCAUGGAGGUGAUCAAGGACGAUAUGGUUGUGGCCAUUUUGGGUAAGGGUGACCUGGUCGGCUCCGACAUCAACGUGCACCUGGUGGCCACAAGCAAUGGCCAGAUGACGGCCACCACUAACAGCGCUGGCCAGGAUGUUGUCGUCCGCAGCAGCAGCGAUAUAAAGGCGCUCACCUACUGCGACCUGAAGUGCGUCCACAUGGGCGGACUUGUGGAGGUGCUUCGGCUGUACCCCGAAUACCAGCAACAGUUCGCCAAUGACAUCCAGCACGACCUGACCUACAACCUGCGCGAGGGCUACGAGAACCAGGACUCGGACAUCGGUCCCUCCUUCCCGCUGCCCAGCAUCAGCGAGGACGACGAGAACCGCGAGGAGGGCGAGGAGGGGCGUGCAGAUAAGGAGAAUGGUGCCGUUCCGGCCGGCGGGGCUGCGGCCGGUGGGGCUACACCCUCGCCGCUGCACAGCGUAAACACCGCUUCUCCGCUUCAUGCGGCACGAUCCCCACUACUCGGAAUGGGCAGCCCACGCAACCAGCGGCUGAACCAGCGCGGACGCUCUUUGAUCACGCUACGAGAGACGAACAAGCGGCACCGGAAUCUCAAUGCGGCCUGCAGCCUGGACAGAGGCUCGUUCGAGGAGCCAGACACCGAAGGGGAGGAGCCGGCGGUUGGCAAGCGGCCAUCGCUGGAGCGGUUGGAUUCGCAGGUCUCCACCCUGCACCAGGACGUCGCCCAGCUGAGCGUGGAGGUGCGCAACGCGAUAACCGCCCUGCAGGAGAUGGCCUUCACCUCCACGGCCAUGACGUCGCACAGUUCCCUAAAAUUCCAGCCGGCCCGCUCCAUUCCGAACAUCAGCGGAGGUGUCGCCUCUCGCUCCGGAUUGGGCCUGGCUGAUGCUGCUGGCUUGGACUUGAUGGGCGGACACCUGCCCAAUGGUGGUGGCCCAGAGGUGGCGCCUAUGCACAGGAGCUCUUCGCAUCCGCCCGAGGUGUGGGGCCGCGAUGUGCAGCUGCCGGGCAGCAAUGCGGUCAGCUCGAAAUCGGCGCAGGCAUCCCCGGAGACAGCGGCGACCAACGGUGAACCGAUCCGGACGACGGCCAAUCGCAGCACCCAGACAGACUUCUACCGCAUCGACUUCCCCACAUUCGAGCGCUUCGUGUUGGCCAAUCCGCGCCUGGUCCUGGGCCUGUUGGGCAUCGAGCCGGCCAUCAAGAACGAAAUGGAACUCCUGCAGCAGAAACAGACCCUCCAGAUAUCGCCGCUUAACACCAUCGACGAAUGCAUCUCCCCGGCAGAUCCCACUCUGGGAGGCUCCAAGGAGCGUUUGCUUGGCCCGACUGGCGGGUCCAGUGCCGGACGCAUCUAUCCGCCGUUGGACGAUGAGAACUCGAAUGAUUUUCGCUGGACCAUGAAGCACUCGGCCAGCCAGCAUAGCUGCUGCAAGAGCACGGACAGCCUGCUCACAUCGGAGGAGCAGAUGGCUCCACCGCCGCCAUCGGUCGAGGCGCCGCCUCUGCCCCAGGAGCGAUCCAAGCGAAUUCGACGCAGCGUAAGUGGCAGCAAUUCGAGCAUCUCCAGCAGCACCUCCAGCUCCAACAGCUGCGUGGUCUCGCAGAGCACUGGCAAUCUUACCACCAGCGCCUCGGUGCACUGCAGCAGCAGCAGCAGCCAGAGCGUCGCCAGUGUGGCCACCACAAGACGCGCCUCCUGGAAGUUGCAAAACUCACGCAGCGGAGAAUACCGACGGCUUUCGGAGGCCACCGCAGAGUACUCGCCACCGGCCAAGACCCCCAACCCGAUUCCGAUACAGGUGGUAGCAACAGCAGCCGGCUAUUUCAGGGACGAAGAGGAGAGUGUGGAGCUACUAGGACCCCGACGUGGCUCAAGGCCAAUCCUGCUGGGCGUGAGCCAAGGCCAGGGCCAGGGCCAGGCCGUGAAUUUCCGCUUCUCUGCCGGCGAUGCUGACAAAUUGGAGAAGGGACUGCGUGGCCUGCCAUCCACUCGCUCCCUACGCGAUUCGAGUGGCAAGUAAGAGUAAGAGGCAUUGUUUAUGGAUGACUGGAUGAAUGGAUAGGUGGAUGCGUGGAUGCGUGAGUGGUUUGAGGGUGCUUGGGUGGCAUGUGUGGACUCAUUUACAUGCAACCGUCGUGCGUGAUUUAUGGCCUAAUUAAUACUAAAAUACGAAGACGCUUUUACAUUUAAUAUCGUAUCUCUAAGAUACAGAAAAGAGCUGAGUUGUUCAUUGAUUUCUCCCUUAGUUAGUUAGUUGUAUUAUUCAGCUGUAUGUGCAGCCAUUUGUCUUUAAAAGUGAUCUAAAAACGAUAGAAUAAUGGUUAAUUUAAGCGUGUAAGAAACAUUAACGAAAUUCGGUUGUUUUCCCUUAGUUAUAUUUAAUUUAAUUUAAUAGGUUAAGUCUAUAUUUCCAACUCUAUAUUCGCAUUCCCAAGGUUUUAAUUUAAGCCAGGCAGGCGUCCAUCAUCGGUGGGUGAACCAGAUACAUAUUUAUUGUACAGCAUAUCACAAAGAGAAAGAGAGAUGGAGAGAUGGAGAGAGAUCCAAAUAUGUAUAUUUGUCUAGGCUAGUCUAUUUUUGUAAAGGCCGCGUCCGGAAUGGUUGAUCAGGAAAGGCAGUCCAUCACUCCAUCAGCGACUGUGUGGCUGUCUACAGGGAAAGUGCAGUGCAAAGAACAGAUACAUAUAUAUUUUCCUAAUCAAAAAGUUAUAGAUGUUAGAUAAUAUACAUACAUGUAUGUAUGUAUAUGCUCACAUGAAUGUUAUAUUUAGAUACCGAUACCCAGAUUAGUCUGCUGGAUGGAGACAGUAAAAGUUAUAUUUCUCAGCCAACCACAAAUAUCUGAAUGUUUAGGCUAAGACUCAGGCUCAGGCUCAGGCUCAGGCUCGGGCUAUGGAAUGCGGAACGAGGCAGAACAGAGAAGGUACAAAUCUAUAGACCUCCGAUUAAUGUUAAUUAUAUGUACCUACAUAUAUGUGUGCAUAUGUAUCCAUAUGUAUAUGCAUAUGUAUAUGUGUGUCGAGCUUGCUUAGCAACUGAAAUCACUUAAACAAUGGGUGAAAUAUUAACCAUAUACUGUAUAUUGAAUCAACGACUCCUAAACGGAGAUGUUAUCAUGCCUGUAUAGAGGGAUAUUUGAGGAAUUGCAGCUACCUGAUUGAGUAUACAUGGAUAUGGCAAAAUAAAAGAAAAUAUGGUAAACAUGGGAAAGAAUAUUUGUAACGAAACCCUUUCCCAUACCCAUCCACCACAUUUCUCUAGUCAGCGAUGGGAUGGGAUGGGUGGCGGAGGGGAUACCAUAGAUUAUGCUAAGAUAAUCGACAAUCGAGUGCACGUAACGAGUGCUAAAAAUUUAUUGAAUGGACAGAGUUCUGCUUUAAAAGUGAACUUUAGAUCGUUUGGAUAAGAUAAUGAAUUUUGUGAUUCGCAGCGUGGAUAGGCAACAUUAAUUAAUCGACAAAGUGUUUAAUUUGGUGUUUGUUCAAUCGUUAAAUAUUCAACUGAAAACUGAAGUGUACAUUUCCGUCAUCUCAUAUAUGUAUAUCCUGGUAUAUGUAUAUUUAUGUAUGUAUAUUUUAGUAUAUGUAACUAUAUCUGAAUAUCUGAAUAUCUGUGUAUAUUUGUAAUUUGCUCGAAAGAACUAUAAAGACUUGAGCUUCAUUCUAUCUUUGAUGUAAGCAUUCUAUGAUAAUAAGUGUGUUAGUUUUAUAUGUGGGUUAAGUGUACAAACACAUCUACACAUAUGUUUUAGCCAAGCCAAUCAUACUGGCCUACAACUACAACCUAAGCAGAACAUUUCAAUUGAUAUCUACGAGCAUUAAAGCCAGUUUAAACCAGAGAGAGCAUCUAUUGAACGUUUUUAAAUGUUUUAACCUAAUGUUAUCAAGACUAUAUACAAGUUAAUAAAUGUAGUUAUACACCUAAAUCAUACACGAAUAUCCGAUAUUUCAAUAAACAAUAAACUUGA